AUGCAGAAUUAUAAUGGAGCUUCUCCAAUGGUCAUCCCUACUACUGCCCAAGAUUCUGAGGCUAUCUUGAUGUGCCGUGCUCUGGCCGAAAAGCUAAGAAUCUUGGAAGGACAUAACUCAACCCGUUUAAGUGCCUUGGAGAUGUGUCUAGUCCCAGACGUGGUGAUUCCUCCAAAAUUCAAAGCGCCUGGAUUUGAAAAAUACAAAGGCCUCACGUGUCCUAACAUACAUUUGAAAAUGUAUUGCAGAAAAAUGGCUGCCUAUGCCAGAGAUGAUAAGCUCAUGAUCCAUUGCUUUCAAGACAGUCUAACCGGGGCAUCUUUGGAUUGGUACAUGCAGUUGGAGUGUAGCAACAUCCACACUUGGGAUGAGUUGGCUGAAGCAUUUGAAAAGCAAUACACAUAUAAUACUGACAUGGCACCAAACCGUACUCAGCUCCAGAGUAUGGCCCAGAAAGACAAUGAAUCUUUUAAAGAAUACGCACAACAAUGGAGAGAAUUGGCUGCAAGGGUGCACCCGCCGCUGGGCCAAUAUUAUGAAAGAUUGAUCAGUAGUGUGUCAACAGGAUUUUCUGACAUGGUGAUCGUGGGAGAAAGAGUAGAAGAAGGACUGAAGAGUGGUAAAAUCCAGGGAGGUUCCAGCAGUCAACCAAUCUUGAAGAAGCCUUUCAACGGAUUCAAGAGGAAGAAGGGCGAGACUAGCGCCAUUUCUUCUCAAAGGGGGAGAGUACCACCCAAGGCUCCUGCUUCUGUGCCUUAUUAUCAGUACCCUUACGUAGCAGCUGCUCAAUAUCCAACCAUGCCUUAUCGUGCAAUUGCUCAUGUUCCUAUUCCAGCUCCGAUACCUCACUAUCAAGUUCCAGUUCCUCAAUAUCAAGCUCCACAACCUCAGUUCUAG